GAAAGCACCUAGAAAAUGCCAAAUAGAGAACAAAGGCCAUUACUGAAAAAUGAACCCCACAGCUAUCGUAAUCCAAUACGUCACACAUUCAAAAACGAAACAGGAAAAGUCAACGAUCUUGUUCCCCACGACACACCCAUAAAUAUAACACCCAGCACCCGAUUCCCAUUCCACACUCCAACGACAAACACAACAAUAAACAACAACUUCACAUUCACAAACACAUACAGAGAGAAAAACAUACAUAGCAACAACAUGAAAGCAAUGAAACUAGUUUGGUCCCCAGAGAGAGCAACUAACUCAUACAUCGACACCAUUGAAGCAGUUAGUAGCAGUAAGUCCCAACUUUCCAAUGAGUCCGGCGUGGCGGAGCUUGUAUCCGCCAUGGCAGCGGGAUGGAACGCACAGCUGAUAGUUGAAACAUGGUCACGUGGCGGAGUUAUCCCAACGAGUGUUGGUUUAUCCAUAGCAAGCCGUCACACAGGUGGAAGACACGUGUGCAUAGUUCCUGAUGAACGGUCUAGAUCAGAGUAUGCAAAGAUCAUGGGAGAAGCCGGUAUGUCGCCGGAAAUUAUUGUUGGUGAACCGGAAGAAGUGAUGGAUGGUUUGGUCGGAAUAGAUUUCUUGGUUGUUGAUUCUCGGAGGAAGGAUUUUUCAAGAGUUUUGAGGCUUGCUGAGUUGAGUGGAAAAGGUGCUGUGUUGAUAUGCAAGAAUGCCAAUUAUAUUUCUAAGAUGGAUUCUGGUUAUAUAUGGUGGAGCGUGGUGGCGAGGGGAUCCAGACGGCUUGUUCGUUCGGUGUUUCUUCCGGUGGGGAAGGGACUUCAUAUGGCGCACUUAUCGGCGGCCGGUGGUGGUGAGAACUCGCAUAAGGGAAAUGUUAUUCCUAACCGAUGGAUCAAACAUGUUGAUCAACGGUCAGGGGAUGUUCACUUUAUUAGAAAAUGAAAAGCUUUCUUUCUAUUUGUAAAUAUAUACAGUGUAAUAGGACUAGGAGAAAACUCUAACAUAUCAAACGGAACCGUAUACAUUCGUGUGAACAUCCCUACUUUUAUCUACUCGUAGCUUCAUAUUCUCUUCUAGCUUCGCCUAAAUGUAUCACAAAUUUGUUUAUUUAUUCAAUUUCAAUGAGAUAAAACCGUUAGGAUGUUUG